AUGGCCCCAGGUACUGGACGACUCGAUGCGUACUUUCCUUCUGAUCGCCCAGUGGUUGCCAGCACUGCUAUCACACCCGACCAAGGGGUAUGUCCCAUCACACCCGACCAACGCUACACACACAAACUUCCUCCCGAAUUCUCACAGGAUUGCCAGGUGAUUCCUGAGGCUACCACAGAGGAUUGCCCCAGCGCUGGCAUCAGCAACACAAUUACCCCCAGUGCUGGAGUCACCAGCAAUCGCCCAGUGAUUCCUGGGGCUACUGCAGAGGAUUGCCCCAGUGCUGGCAUCAGCAACGCAGCUGGCAUUAGCAAUGCAAUUACCCCCAGCGCUGGCAUCAGCAACGCAAUUACCCCCAGUGCUGGAGUCACCAGCGAUCGCCCAGUGAUUCCUGGGGCUACUGCAGAGGAUUGCCCCAGCGCUGGCAUUAGCAACGCAAUUACCCCCAGCGCUGGAGUCACCAGCGAUCGCCCAGUGAUUCCUGGGGCUACUGCAAAGGAUUGCCCAGUGCUUGGCAGCACUGGCAUCAAUAACUCGAUGGCUAUCGCGGCAGGCCAGACCCAGUCUCAGUGCCUGUUCUCCAUUUCCACGGGUAUCGAUCCUCGCUCGCUCACCUUCCAAAAUUCGGACGAGUUCUACUUAUUUAUGGAAAUGUGGGCUGAGUUCAAAUGGCUGUCAUAUCAAAUGACUUCAAAGCGCUGGGUGCUGGCGACAGAAGAGUACAACCACCGUCUCAUCAAGAAAAAGGGCCAGUCAGUCGUCCAGAAGAACCCACAAGCCCUCCUACGUGCGCUGGGUGACAUCGAGCCGAAGCUGAUGAGCAAAAUCACCAAGAAUGACUAUACCUCACGCAAAAACAGCGAGUCAUUUUGGCGCCAUCAUUGUUCUGUCGUCCCACUUGUGAAGGAAGAACCAGGCAGAAAGGCUCGAAAGGCACAGACAUGCUCCCGCUGUCAAACAAUUAUGUAUCCAGGACCCGAGAACUCGCCCCUCAACCACAAGAAGGGGUAUUGUGCAGAUGGUGUCAAGCAGUCCUCCAAGGCUGCCGGCGAGGAACUGCCUCCCUGGCCUCAGCCACGAGGAAUCUUCUCUGAGGGCCAAACAUUCCACCCUCACGUGUUCCUGUUGAUGGUCCAGCGCGUCUAUGAGCAUGUCUUCAUGCAGGGACCAGGAGAGACGGACCUGCUCGAGACCGAAGCAUUUUCGAAGCUGCUGAUUUUGCGCACCGAGGUUCACGAGUCGGAUAACAUGGUGCUUUUUCGACUGUUCAAGGGUUUCAUCACUGACCCAACCACUCCCCGCGACCGGAUUGUCUCUUGCAACGGUGAGGAAUGGCUGAGGAUUAACUACCUGCAGCAGUAA